CUGUUGAUUCUGAAGGAGUGACAUCACCGCCUCGCGCUAGACGUGGCACUGCGUGACGUCAUCAGCGCGCGGCCGUGUGUUCCUGUUUCAACGGUCAGCUCAGUUUGAUCGCAGCAGCACAGUGUUGAUGUUCUUCAUCAGCGGCAGGACAGAGUGAAGAUGAUGGAAGAGAGCAGCUCCUCCCCAGCGGCUGCCAGCGGUGUCUCUGGUCCUCAGACUCUCCUCAGCUCUCCUGGCGUCUCUUUCGCCCCGGGAGGGUUCUCCAGCCCUGUUCCUCCAGUGUCUAUGACCUCCACGCUGCCGCCCCUCCAGACACCUGCUCCUCCACUGUCUCCUGUGGGUCUGAGCGGCCCGUACGGUGGCCCCGUCCUCUCUGCCCCCCCGAUGGGCCCGCCCACCACUGGCUUCUCUGUGAGCGCAGGAUAUGACAUCACCCGAGGCCACGCUGGCCGCACCCCUCAGACGCCGCUCAUGCCCAGUUUCUCCAGCGCCUCACCCAUGCCAGGAAUUGUCACCAAUCCCAUGAUGCAGCAGCCGAUGUCUGGAGGGUUAGACGUCAGCUCACCCAUCACAUUUCCUGAGGACUGUGACGACCCCAGAGGGACUCCGGACGCCAGCUCACCCGGUGGAUUAUGGGGCUUCAUCAAGGGUGUAGCCGGGAACCCCAUGGUCAAGACCGUCCUGGAUCGAACCAAACACUCUGUGGAGUCCAUGAUCACCACACUGGACCCUGGGAUGGCCCCGUACAUCAAGUCUGGAGGAGACGUGGACAUCGUGGUGACGUCAGAUAAGGAGGUGAAGGUGUCCGCGGUGCGGGACGCGUUUCAGGAGGUGUUUGGUUUGGCCAUGGUGACAGGAGAGGCCGGUCAGUCCAACAUCGCCCCGCAGCCGCUGGGAUACGCUGCAGGGGUCAAGGGAGCUCAGGAGCGCAUCGACAGUCUGCGUCGCUCUGCAGUCAUUCAUGAGAAGCAGCCCGUGGUCUCGGUGGAGAACUUCAUCGCAGAGCUCUUCCCAGACACGUGGUUUGACAUGGGCUGUCUGAUCUUGGAUGAUCCAGGAAACGGGAUUCACAUCGAGAUGUUCACUCAGGCUACACCUGUGGCCCUGGAGCACGUGCAGCAGGCGCAGGCGCUGACUCCUCCAGACUAUAACCUGCGCUGGUCCGGUCUGCUGGUGACGGUCGGGGAGGUUCUGGAGAGGAGCGUGCCCAAUGUCAGCCGCACAGACUGGCACCAGGCCUUCACAGGCAUGUCCCGCCGGCAGAUGAUCUACUCCGCCGCCAAGGCUCUGGCUGGCAUGUACAAGCAGCGCCUGCCCUCCAGGACAAUCUGAUCUCUUACACCGUCACGUUACACGGACCACAGCUUCCCAGAACCACACGGGAAUCCACAUUGCAUCCGCAGAUGUCCUGUGUUUUUCAGUCACGUCCCAUAACAAGACUGAGCCCACUCUAAAAGCCAAAAGAACCAGAAAAGCUUCUGCAUCAGGUCUGAAUUAAACCAGAUACAGGGCAGAAUAACUCGUAUCUAACUUUUUCAAUUAUUGAUUGAGUUGAUUUAUAAUGCUUGUGAUUACAAUCAAAUACUUUGACUUGCAGGUGUUUAAGUUGAAUCAUUGAAAUUAACAUUAAUAUUGUGAAUAUAUGUAAUUUUGAUGUGACGGUUUUGGAUCUGAUUUUAUAGUGUUUUCUUUUCAGCCUGUUUAUCAGACAUUGUUGUAAUGAUGUGAUAGUCUGCAUGUGUGUCUGUUUCACACCUCGUCCAUGUUAGUCAGCGUUUACUGUGGUCAGAUACAUCAGAUCACCGUUACUGGACAUCAGUAUUGUGUGCAGUGAUGAUGUUUAGCUCAGAGUGAGACCGGACACACGUCUGAGCAUGACCUCUGAGUGACCGCUGAUGUUAGCACGUCAGAACUGGGCUGUGUGUUGAUUAAACAUCUAGAACUGCUCGUCUUUAUAUGUUUGUAAUAUUUCUCCAAAACAACUGUGGAUGGUUUCAUUCCAUAGGGUUUUACAAAUGUGCCUUCAACCAGCAGAUGAGUAAAAUCUUUUUGUAAAGCAU